CUCAUCUGUGCCUUCUCACAUCAGGAUCUGAUCCACCUAACGGGAAGGAGCGACGGCUGCUUAAUCUUUCAUUGGGGAAAAAGGGUGAAAAGGCGAGACGAAAACGCAACAUUUGUCUUCGCCAAAAUGAUCCACAGCUUGUUCCUAGUUAACGCCUCAGGGGACAUUUUCCUGGAGAAGCACUGGAAGAGUGUGGUCAGCCGCUCUGUGUGUGACUACUUCUUCGAGGCCCAGGAGCGUGCCACCGAGCCGGAGAACGUCCCACCAGUGAUCCCCACGCCACACCACUACCUUAUCAGUGUGCUCAGGCACCGCAUCUACUUUGUGGCUGUCAUCCAGAGCGAGGUGCCGCCGCUCUUUGUCAUCGAGUUUCUGCACAGAGUCGUCGACACAUUCCAGGACUAUUUUGGGGUGUGUACAGAGGCUGCCAUCAAGGACAAUGUUGUAGUGGUCUAUGAACUAUUGGAGGAAAUGCUGGACAACGGCUUUCCCCUGGCCACAGAGUCCAACAUCCUCAAAGAGCUCAUCAAGCCCCCCACCAUCCUUCGCACAAUGGUCAACACCAUCACAGGCAGCACCAACGUGGGCGAACAGCUGCCUACAGGCCAGCUGUCAGUGGUGCCAUGGCGACGCACUGGAGUCAAAUACACCAACAAUGAAGCCUAUUUUGAUGUGGUGGAGGAGAUCGAUGCUAUCAUUGAUAAAUCAGGCUCCACUAUUACAGCAGAAAUCCAAGGAGUUAUUGAUGCCUGUGUAAAACUGACCGGCAUGCCCGACCUCACUCUGUCAUUUAUGAAUCCACGGCUGCUGGAUGAUGUCAGCUUCCACCCGUGUGUUCGGUUCAAGCGCUGGGAGGCUGAGCGGAUCCUCUCUUUCAUCCCCCCUGAUGGAAACUUCCGGUUGCUCUCGUAUCACGUCAGCUCUCAGAACCUGGUAGCUAUCCCAGUGUACGUCAAGCACAACAUCACCUUCCGUGAGGGAAGCUCCCAGGGACGUUUUGACUUGACCCUGGGCCCUAAACAGACCAUGGGCAAGGCUGUGGAGUCAGUCCUGGUCAGCAGCCAGCUGCCCCGGGGAGUGCUCAACGCCAACCUCAACCCCUCCCAGGGAACAUACACCUUUGACCCAGUCACAAAGUUGUUGUCAUGGGAUGUUGGGAAGAUCAACCCCCAGAAGCUUCCCAGUCUGAAAGGCACCAUGAGUCUGCAAGCCGGGGCUUCCAAACCUGACGAGAACCCCACCAUCAACAUCCAGUUCAAGAUCCAACAGAUGGCCAUCUCAGGGCUGAAGGUGAACCGGCUGGACAUGUACGGUGAGAAGUAUAAACCUUUCAAAGGCAUCAAGUACAUGACCAAGGCUGGCAAGUUCCAGGUCCGGACAUAAAGACUACUGCUCUGUGACAACCGGACCAAGCCACCAUGAGACUGAGGGGUGAUGAGACGGGGUGAAGGGGAGUUGGUACAUUCCCUGUGUAUAUGCAUUUAAGGAUUGACCUACACAAAUUGCAAGGCUCCUUGUAGCAGUUAAGAACGGACCAUUGCACAUAGAAACCUCAGUUGAAGUAACAGCAUCAAAUAUCCAGUAAACAGGUUACAGCUUUGACUAAGUGCAGAGUUUGAACCAAGAACAUGUCCAUAUCUGUCCAAGCUAAACCUGGAACAAACCCACCCGAGCCCAAUAUUGCUCAUAUAUGUACAUGCAGUAUUUCCAAUGAUAUACAGCAUUAACAGCAUCUUUACAGAUAAUUUAAGCCCAGCAGCUACCAGAGAAAUUCAUGCCAAUUUGAAAUCUUUGAGGCUCCAUCACAUUCAGGCAUACAAACCAACAGGCCACAGUCUGAUGCUGUACUGUUUCAUCUUUAGGUGUAAGCUUUGAAACUGAUUUGUCCACCACCUUUCCAAGCAGUAUUUUAUCAUCUGUGGUAUGUUUGUCUUGAUAGAUAUGUGCUGGUGACUGUUAUUUACACUCCAAACAAGAGAUAUCGGACCAAUAUUCUAUCAAAGUAGAGUUCCCCCUAUAAUAAAUUGUGAUAGCAUGAGCUGUAUAGUAUGAAAGAAAUUCAGUGUUUUCACACAUCAAAGGAGCUCUGCAAGAUGUAAUUGAUGCACCAAACUGAAACUAAAGUCCAGAAAAGGAACAUAGAAUAACUCACUGCAUUUUUUUUUAUCCUCCUUUUUCCUCUCCUGUUUAGAUUCUCUUCUCCAGCGUUUAUGUGUUUUCUGUUUGCAUUCCAGUCCGUUCUAUUCUUGUGCUCCUCUUUUCUCAUUGCAAUCAGUUUUUGUCUGCAGCACUGGAGUCAGCACACUGACAUUUGAGAAUGUGACACUGAAGCCGUCCUCAAUCAUGCACUUUCACAUCUGCUGGUACUAACAUCUACAUGCAAGUGAGACAGGUGUAGAGUUACAGAAGCUGUGCAGGCUAUUUAUUACCAUGAAAGUUUCUGGGAAGAGUUUCAAGUACACAUUUGCCUUUUUAGUCAACUUAAAUUAUUAUUUAUUAAACAAAAUAGAUUAUUUGAUAUUGCUGAAGUGUAAUGUCUUCUCUACACUGUUUCCCAGUCCUGUGUACUCUCAUUACAUUUUUGAAAGCUUUAACUCUACGUAAGGUUGUCAUUUAACCAUAUUAUAUGGGCAAUCCUUAGCAGGUUUUGUUUUCAUCAUACAGAAACAUGUGGCCAUAAAUAUAUUUUGCUCCUGCGUCAGUGUGUUACUUAACACUGAUCCAAAUGAUUUGCUCGGUUCAUCACAACACUUCACAACAGGCAGAGAAACUGCGUAACAUACAUCUUAAUAUCUAUUUGCAUACAUCAUGUAAACAUAACAUUAUGAAUGUCACCAUGGCAACUGAGCUGGAAAGCUAAUGUGAUACAUACAUGUCUCUGGGUCUCUGCUGAAAUCAGCCCACCAUCAUACUCAGGCCUACAGUUGCCAUAGAGGCUCGUGGUUGUUAUGAAUAGAAUGUGGGGAAGAAAAGAAAGAUGUGAAACUGUAAUGUGGUGUAAUGGCCAGAAGAAGGUACCUCAGAGGACAAAACAGAAGGUUUGCAUUUUGUGUUUACAGCAUUUUGUUUGUGUUUGUUAAACAGCCUCCAAUGGAGUGUUCUAAUGGUGUAAAAAAUAAAGAUUUGAUGUGUUAUAACCGA